GGGAUGGGGUUGUCGCUACGGCAGUGCGAGGAGCCUCCCCAACGGGCAGGGCUAACCGCUUUGUCUGGAGGGGGCGCGGCCCUCGAGUGCUGAAGCUGUGGACUCACAACCUGGGCUGAAGGAGCGGCUUCCCUUGGGAGGUGGGAAGUGCGACGGGGGCCGCCUCGGGUGCCCUUCUUUACCUCUCGCCUGGAUCGCGAGGAUGAAUGGAAGCAAGAUGGUCCUCUUUGAGAAGUGCAGCCAUGCAGGAAAGCAUCCGUUUUGCUUCAGCAGGAGAUGAUGAUGUGAAAAUAUGGGACUCCUCAUCUAUAACUGUAGUGGAGCAGUUCAGUCCACAUACUUCUUCGCAUCCAGUUAGCUGUGUGUGCUGGGGCAGCAAUAAUAACUUUCUGGUCACUGCAUCGGCUGUUGGUGAUAAAAUAGUGAUUUCCAAUUGUAAAGGUAAACCAGUCCCACUUUUUGAACUAGCUGAAGGGGCAAAACAAACAUGUGUAAGUUUGAGUUCCAACUCAAUGUAUAUUGCAAGUGGAGGUAUCGAUAACACUGUUAAUAUCUGGGAUUUAAAGUACAGAAAGCUUCACCGAUCUCUUAAGGAUCACAGAGAUGAAAUAACUUGUGUAACAUUUAAUUGGAAUGAUUGCUACAUUGCUUCAGGAUCUAUGAGUGGUGAAAUUAUCCUACAUAGUCUUACUACAAAUUUAUCCAGCACGCCAUUUGGCCAUGGUGGCACUCAGCCCAUUCGGCACUUGAAAUAUUCCCCCUUUAAAAAGGCCUUGUUGGGCAGUGUCUCCGACAGUGGGACGGUUACUCUGUGGGAUGUAAACAGUCAGAGCCCAUAUCAUAACUUUGAAAAUGCUCAUAAAGCUCCCGCCUAUGAAAUCUGUUUUUCUCCAGUCAGUGAGCUGCUACUUGUAACUGUUGGUCUGGAUAAAAGAAUAAUUCUAUAUGACACUGCAAGUAAAAAGCAGUUGAGGACUUUGGUAGCAGAAUCUCCUCUAACUGCGGUAGACUUCAUGCCUGAAGGAACUACUCUUGCAAUUGGAUCUUCUCGUGGAAAGAUUUAUCAUUAUGAUCUAAGAAAACUGACAGCACCUGUGAAAUCAGUCAGUGCUCACAAAACUUCUGUGAAAUGUAUAACACUGCAGAACUGUAGUAACUUUAUAAAGUCUGCUCUUAAAACAUCUUCAAAUAAGCAGGUGAACAAAAGAUCUGAUAUCAAAAUGGCAAGUAACACUGGAGGAAAUCAGAAUGCUGGCAUAAUCAAAACCCUUACUUCUAAUAUACCUGCUACAUUCAUACCCCAGUCAACACCAACAGUGGAGAGUAAAGGAACAGAUACCAUUCAGGAUAAAUCAGGAGUUACUCGCAGCAGCAGUUUGGACGUAAUUCCUUCCAAAGAAAUUGAUCAUGGGAAUACUUCAAAUCUAAAUAAUUUUGAAGAUUUGGGAAGAAAUAGUUUAGGUGACUUGUUCUCUCCACUUCGAGAUGAUGUUGUAGCUUGUAAAACAAGUGAAGAUGCUCCAGGAAAGGGUGAUGGUUUGGAUUUUCAGUCUUACCUUUCAAGUUUGGAUUUUCUUUCUCAGUUCAACACAUUUCCUUCUAGAAAAAACCCAGCAGGAUCCACCUCUCAAGUAGUGCAUUCUAGUCCACUUAAUAUAUUCGUUGGCUCACCUAUUAAAGAGGAGGAUGAGAAUCCAGAUCUGGAUCUUGAUACUAGGAAAGCAAAUUAUGGAAGGCAGGAGUUAAGAGAACAUUUCAAACAGUUGAGCUCCUCGAGUGCUGAUUCUGGAAGUCUAAGUACUCCGCCAUUGGUCAAUACAGUUAAGAGUCCUGAUUCGAGAGAGAGAUUUGGUAAGAACCUUCAGGGACAACUGACAUAUGAAUCACCUGUGAAUAGUACUACCUCAGCAAGUCCAAAGAUAACUUCUACAGUAACUGCAGGAGUUGCUAAUUCCCUAUCUGAAAAAAUAGUAGAUAAUAUUGGAAGUGGCAGAUUGAAUGCACCUUUAUCAUCAGUUCAAAUUCAUUUUAUUCAGAAUAUGAUACAAGAAACUCUGGAUGAUUUCAGGGAAGCUUGUCAUCGUGACAUUGUGAAUUUGCAAGUGGAGAUGAUCAAGCAGUUUCAUACGCAGUUGAAUGAAAUGCAUGCCUUACUCGAAAGAUAUUCUGUAAAUGAAAGCUUAGUAGCUGAAAUUGAAAGAUUACGUGAAGAAAAUAAAAGACUGCAAACCCACUUCUGAAAAGUCCCUCUUCAUUUCAGGAAAAGUAGUUGUACUUGAGCAUUGUGCAUCAUGGUGUCAUCUGACCAACAAUGAAUUAGUGUAAAUUCAGUAUUUGUUUUUCCGAGCACUAAGGAACUUUCAAAAAAUUGUAGAAAUGGCACUAGGUAACAGUUUAAUACAGGAAAAUAUGCACUAAUGAUGUUUUGUAUCAGUGUUUUUAUGCUAAACUUGAAAUACAUUGGUUGUAUAAAAGUAACAGGAAGCAUAUUAUCAACUAGAAUUUUAGCUAUAUACAAAGUGCCUUUUUAUUGAGGGGAAACUAAACAGGCAAUAUAUUUUCUAUAAGAAUUUACCUGCCUUUCCUUUUUCCUCAUACAUUUAUUAUGUGUUUCAAAAUUUCAGCUAUUUUUAUGAUGGAGUCUUUCUAGGACAGUUGUAUUUCUUUUCGGCUGGAAAAAACUCUUAUGUCUGGUUUUGUGAGGGGGUGCUGUUUUGCCACUGACUUUUUCCUGUUACUUUUUAGGCAUAGAGUGCAAUCGUAGGGGUUUUUUGGUUAAAAUGAGUUAUGUAUUAGACUGCAUAUUUACAUAAUUUAAUGGCACACUGAUUAACUUAGAGUGAAUAAAUAGAAUUUGGACUUUAA